GCCGCGGCGAGAUAGAGGGAGGGAGAGAGGAAAACAGUUAGAAAAGAGAAAGAAGAACAACAUGGACACAAACAGCGUGUUGGGUUGAUGUGUGAAAGUGUCCGCUGGUGCUGGACUGUGUCUGUCCUCCUCUGCCGCACAGCUGCUCCGUUAUGUCGGACAACCUGAGGGGACUAAUGUCAGAGAAUGGAGGAAAUCUGGAGAAAUCCUGCUGCUAAACUGCGCUGUGUGGUCAGGGUUUAAGGAUAACCACUGAGAUCUAACUGAGGAUGGUGCCCGUGUAGCCGAGCAGCGCCCCUGCAACUCGUCGUGCUCUCCAACAAGAAGGCCACGCUCAAAGUUUUUUCCAUUUUUUUUUUUCAGGAGAAGGGGAAAUUUUGCUGCAUUGAAUUCCUCUGGACGGGAUGUCAUCCGCAGUCAGGAGGAGUUCCUCUGGCUGACUGAUCGCCCAGCUGCAGUAUAGCGGGAUCCCGACAGAGAGAAGAUGGGAGAUGCGGCAGACGACAGGGGGAUGAGACGGACCUUCAUCGUCCCUGCCAUCAAGAGCUUCGAUCACUACGACUUCACCAGGGCCAAGAUAUCAUGCAGCCUGACGUGGCUGGUGGCCAAGGCUUUCGGCUCGGAUGCCGUACCAGAGGAGCUGGUGGAGCCUUUAUACAGGGACCAGUACAACCAGGAGCACCUGAAGCCUCCGGUGGCCUGCCUGCUCCAGUCCGCAGAGCUUUACUGCCGGGCGGGAAGCCUGAUACUCCGAAGUGACGCUGUCAAACCUUUACUGGGACACAACGCUGUCAUCCAGGCUCUGGCCCAGAAAGGCCUGUACGUCACUGACCAGGAUCGACUGGUCACUGAGAGAGAUCUGACCAGCACGCCGAUACACAUGAGUUCCCACCUGGCGCUCAUCGAUACUCUGAUGAUGGCGUACACUGUGGAGAUGGUGAGCGUGGAGAGGGUGAUGUCCUGCAUCAACAGGUACUCCUCUGCUGAACCCUCUCACAGUGACGGACACAUCCAGGAGCUGCCUUAUGACACAGAGGAUGCGAUCGCCACCUGGAUCAACAAGGUGAAUGAACACCUGAGGGACAUCCUUAUCGAAGAGCAAAAGCUGAGAGAGGCUUCAAUCCACGAGUCAAACACCACACACAAAGCUCGCUACAGGCGGGAGCAUGCCCAGCACAGGAGCGCUCCCUCACUCCCCCUGGUGGAGAACCUGCUGAAGGACAACACAGACGGCUGUGCUCUCACUGCUCUGCUGCACUUCUACUGCCCACAGGCCGUCAGACUGGAAGAUAUCUGCCUCAAGGAGACCAUGUCUUUGGCGGACAGUCUGUACAACCUCCAGCUAGUGCAGGAGUUCUGCAGGAACAACCUCAACCACUGCUGCCACUUCAGCCUGGAGGACAUGCUCUAUGCACAUGCAUCCAUAAAGAGUAACUACCUGGUGUUUAUGGCUGAGCUUUUCUGGUGGUUUGAAGUGGUUAAACCUUCAUUUGUACAACCCAGAGUCUUCGACCCAAACGCCUGUGAGCCUGUGUCCUGUAGAAAUAUGGCUCCUGUGUCCAGUCCAGUAAAACAGAGCUAUGCAGACAGACCCGACAGCCCAGAGAACAUCCCCACACAGGGUAUAAUGAAGAGGUCUACCUCCAUGUCCUAUGUAGAUGGCUGUGUCGGGACAUGGCCCAAAGAAAAGCGCUCCUCGUCUCGUGGAAUCUCUUUUGAGAUUCCUCUGGACGGAGACCCAACUCUGCCGUCCUGUGAGGCUCCCUCCCUUCGCGGUAUGACCCGCUCUGCCAGCAGUGACGGUCUUGGGUUCAAAGUUCACUAUGCAUCUCGAGGGGGCAUGAAGCGCCACCUCUCCCUCAUGCCCGUCAAUGUAAACGGCCAGAGCAGACACAUACCAGAGGAGGAUGACGAGUUCACCUCCAACAAACCCCUGGGCCGGAACAACACAUUCUCAGUCAAGAACCAAAGCAGGUACUCCAAUGGAGUCCUCCCAGACAGCAACCACAUCCCCAACAAUCACCAUGGCAACCACAGUGGCCACAUCAGCCCAUCAACUCCUCCGAGCAUCGAGGAGGCCUUGAAGAUUAUCCACGACACCGAGAGGCCCCACGCUAGCCUGGGCGUGGGGGACGAAGACAAUGGCUUCUUUCUCCACGGUGCAGAGCCUUCAGACCCUCCAGGGGCCCAGGGGCCAGAAGAUGACCCGGGUUCAGCUAAGGCUCGGCUGAACGACCACGACCCCAACUCUCUGUCCACUGAUGAGGUCGACACGGGCAUCCAUGUGAGGACCGAGGACAUCCAGAGCUUGGAUGAGGACUCGUCCUCUCUGAGAGACUAUUCAGACAUGGACCCAGACUGUGAGGCCAUGACCCGCUCGUGCCCUCUGCCUGACCAGGGGGAGAAGGAGAAAAACAGGGAAGGAGGACGGAGAGGGGUCGGUGGUGCUAACCCCGAGGGCGAGAGUGGAGAUGGAGGCGAGAGGAGCAGCCCCUGUCCCAGUUCAGCCCCAACAAUCCCCAGAUCCCAUACUGUCAGCCCCACCUCGUCCUCCGGAGGCUCUGGAGGCGGCAUGGUACGGAUGACGAGCUUUGCGGAGCAGAAGUUCAGGAAGCUGGAGGGGAGGAGUAGUGGAGGAACCACACCAGAGAGUUCAGAUCUCAAUGUGCCGUAUACACACCUGCCAAAAAACAUUUCUUCUCAGAUCUCUACACCUCCGUUGCCAAUCACAUCUCCAUCUCCAGUAACGCCUUCCCCCAGAGACCCCUCCCACCUGAUAGCCUCAGAGAUGAUCCAGCUGAGGAUGAAGCUGGAGGAGAAACGGAGAGCCAUAGAAGCCCAGAAGAAGAAGGUGGAAGCAGCUUUCACUCGCCACCGUCAGAGGAUGGGCAGAACGGCCUUUCUGAAUGUAGUGAGGAGGAAAGGAAUCACCGCCCCCCUCAGCCCGAGUUCAGCAGCAGCAGAGACACCUUCUCCAGAGUCGCUCACAGCCUCGAAGGAAACAAGCCAGAGCAGCAUGGAGCGGGCGGAAAGAUGCAAGCCGGACGGAGCAGCGCCUAAAUCCCCGUGUGAGGAUGGUGGAGGUGUGGCUCCGGGUGAAAUCGACCUUACAGAAUACACUCGCUCCAUUGAGAGGCUGAACACGUCGUUGGGCUUCCUGCAGACAGAGAUGCAGCGUUUGGCUCAGCAGCAGGAGAGGAUCAUGUCCAUGAGAGAGCAACAGCAACAAUCCUGGGUCAUUCCUCCUCCCGCUCCAUCUCCACACAGGCAACUCCGUGAGUUGCGUAGCAGCAGUGUAACAGGCCGGGGAUCAGGUCGUGGUUCCGUUGGGUCUUUGUCUCCCAUCCUCUCUUCGUCCGGCUCUCCACGCGCUCCCAAUCGUUCCCCUGCUGGCAUUAAGCGGCGACCAGCUUCUUUCCAUGCCAGGACACCUCGGACUCCACGACCAAAUGAUCUGAAGGUCACACCCUUCAGUCGAAUGCUCAACACCCCCACGUCAGUGGACAGCCUGCCCAGACUGAGGCGUUUCACCGCUAGCCAAAGCCAGAGCUGCUCGUUCGACUACAUGGGCCACAAUGAGGAGCCUCAGGAAGGCAAGAACAGAGAGGACAAGAAUGACAAAGAAAACACUAAGGACAAAGAAGAGGCAAAGAAGAGUGCUGGCACUCCUCAGACUUCUACUAAAGAAGCAGCCAAAGAGAAGAAAGGUGAGCAACAGGAGGAAAGAAAGACUCUGUCGAAAGGUGAAGUCAAGCAAACAAGGUCAUCAGAGGUGUUGUGUCAACCGGUGUCUGAGAUCCAAGGCGGCCAGGUCAAGGGAGACACCGAGGACAGGAAAGACCUGGUGGAGGUGCCUCUGUCUGGGCUGAAAUCUGAAGGAGGAGGUCAGGAGAUGACGGGAGAGGGAGAGGCAGGAGAAGACCAAAAGAUGUGCUGUGGAUUCUUCUUUAAGGAUGAUGUGAAAGGGGAAGAGGACAUGGCAGCAAAGAAAGCAGCUCUGUUGGAGAAGAGGCUGAGGAGGGAGAAGGAGACGCAGGAGAAGAAGCAACAGCAGGAGCUGGACCAGGAGCAGAAGAAGGAAGCUGCACGGUUGAAAGCCGAGGAGGAGCAGCAGAAGAAGGAUGAUGAGAAGGCAAGAAGGGAAUACAUCAAACAUGAAUAUAUGAGGAGGAAGCAGCUCAAGCUGAUGGAGGACAUGGAUGAUGUCAUCAAGCCUCGAUCUGGAAGUCUCAAGAAGAAGCCACGGCCCAAGUCCAUCCACAGGGACGUCAUGGAGUCGUCUACGCCUCCUGUGAGAGCGACGGGGGUGCGUCCACGAGGAUUCUCAGUGUCAAGUGUUUCUUUGGCGUCUCUCAAUCUGGCUGACAACGAUAGAGAUCAGCCAAACAACAGGAAGAACAACAGGCCGGACUCAGCAGAAGGUUUUUCUUCUUGUCCUUCAACUGGCAGUCGUAACGGAGAGAAGGAUUGGGAAAAUGACUCCACCACCUCAUCCACUCCCUCCAACAAUGAGUACACCGGACCUAAACUGUACAAGGAGCCGAGUGCCAAGUCCAACAAGCAUAUCAUACAGAAUGCGCUGGCUCACUGCUGCUUGGCUGGCAAGGUCAACGAAGGGCAGAAGAACAAGAUACUUGAUGAAAUGGAGAAAUCUGAAGCCAAUAAUUUCCUGGUGUUGUUCCGUGAUGCUGGAUGCCAGUUCAGGUCUGUGUACGCCUACUGCCCCGAGACGGAGGAGAUCACCAAACUGGCCGGCAUCGGGCCGAGGAGCAUCACGACCAAGAUGAUCGAGGGGCUGUACAAGUACAACUCGGACAGGAAGCAGUUCAGCCAGAUCCCAGCCAAAACCAUGUCUGCCAGUGUGGACGCCAUUACCAUUGCCAGCCAUCUGUGGCAAACAAAGAAGCAGGGGACGCCCAAAAAACUCACUAAGUAGCACCAGAUGGCUGGGCAAGAUUUGGACAUGCUUCUUUGGAAUUAGUGGAUUUUACUUUUUCAUUGAAAGGACACACGGUGUAAGAAAAUCACAACUGGAAUGUAAGAACACGAGUGGGCCUCACAGACGUUGUUGUUACAGAGUUGACUAUCGCUCUCUGGACUACUUUAAUGAGGCACAAGUGUCGUCAGCAUGUGUAUCAAUGUUCUCAUGUGCCAAAAAAAAGAGAAGAAAACAAUAGGCGGACCAAUGCCUUACCUAGUUGAACCACUGAAGCACUGAAUGUCACGCCUCAGAAAGAGGCAGUUUGGUUUCUAUAAGUUGAUCAUGUGUGGCCUUAUGCUUGUUUUGUGUCAUAUGGAUGCGCUGUGAGUGUUGGUGUCAUAUUGUCAGCGCCUGUUGAAAAAGUCUGUUGUGAUACCGAUGCAGGUCUGGGAUCAGAUUACGCCCCCCUCGUGCCCAGGUUGUUUAAAGGGUGGCCUGUCUGAUCUGUGAUCAGGUAGAGGCAGCAUUUUUGGAGAGUUUUGCUGCUACACAGGCAUGUUUUUUUAAUUUUUACAUGUGACUGAAAAACGUAUAAACAGUUCAAACUUGUGUAUGUAUGUGUAUAGUGAAGUGCCAUGACGAGUGAGGAAAAUACCUCAGUUGGUGAUUGCAAUGACUUUCCAAAAGUGAAAUGAUGAGAGCGUAAUGGACUACCAUGAAAACAACUUUGGAAAGCACCUGCAAUAGACUCUUAAUUUAUUUCAUUUUGAUAAUGCUUUGAAGAUAUUUUAAAAGGCGUCCUAGAUUUUAUUCAGAGAAACAUAAUAUACUGUACGUAUAUAAGUUAAAUUAGUUUGUAUAUGAUGGCAGAUCCAUUCGACAUGAACGAGUCCGCUUGUUGUAGCUUUUGAGUAGCUUUUAUAAUUUGUCACGUGUGUGUGUAUCAGUAUGUUGUCGUUUGGGGCCUUUAAUUGUGCUACAAAUGCAAAAAAGUGCAACAUUGUCACUGAUAAGACGAUCAUCAGUAGUAGAAUAGAAAGAAAUCCCACCUUGUGCCAUCAGUCUGUGCAAUUUAAGAGUAAUUAAAAUCACCAUUGACCUAACAAAUACUCAAAAUGCCACUUUAAUGUGGAUAUUGUCUUAACUAUUAGAUCUUGGUUACCCGCAAAGUAGUCCACAAAUGUAAAUAAAUGAAUUCACCUAUGAUAGCACUUCAAGACCCUGUCCACUGUCGUUGAGUCGUUUCCGCUUCAGGACUGUCAUACUUUACUUUUACAUUACUUUUUUUUUUAAAUCACAUUCCUUCAGUAUGUGUUGACACUGUACAGAUAUAUUUUGGCAUAUAGAAGUAUUUUUUGUAAUGACAUUGACUUGUUGGAGGUGUGUACUAAUGAAGCAGUGCAGUUGUCGAAGGAAGUGUGUUGAAAGCAAAGGCAAGGAAUAUAAAGUCUCAAUGAGGCUUUAUUGUGGUAUUGUAUGAAAUCCAUUCAGUAUACUGAGAAAUUCAUAGUGUUUUUUCCCCAACUCUGAAUUCAUUUUCUUUUCAAUUUACUAAAUAUGCUCAACUGUUCAUGGUUUUUAUGUUUUUUUUUCUAUUACUUUGAGCUUUAUUAAAAUGCCAGCUAUCAACAGUA